AUUAUUUAGAUUAGAUAAAACACCCAUCAUUCUUCUUAAACCCUAAUUCCCCUUCUCCCUUCUCUGCAUCUCCAAUUCCAGAGUUUGGGGACACAACAACAGAUUCAAGAAAAGAUAAGUGGCGAUACUAGUAUAAGCUGGGAGAAGUAAAAUUUGUGGAUCUGUUUUUAGCAAGUUGAACUUUAAGUAGCAACAGAUGGACGGUUCUCCUACAUCCAUUAAAAGGAAACAACCAGAAGAGGGUUCACAAGAACAACAGGAAAACCAGGUGCAAGACUCUGCCUCUAAGAGGCGUAGCUUAUCUAGGACUUGCGUGCAUGAGGUGGCAGUGCCAAGUGGAUAUGUUUCAACCAAGGAUGAAUCAAUUCAUGGCACCCUUGCAGAUCCCAUAUAUAACGGGGAGCGAGCUAAGACCUACCCAUUCAAGCUUGAUCCUUUUCAGGAGGUUUCUGUUUCUUGUUUGGAGAGAAAUGAGUCUGUUUUAGUCUCUGCUCACACUUCUGCUGGGAAAACUGCAGUUGCGGAAUAUGCAAUUGCCAUGGCUUUUAAAGAGAAGCAAAGAGUCAUAUAUACUUCUCCUCUGAAAGCUUUGAGCAAUCAGAAAUACAGAGAGUUGAGUCAAGAGUUUUCAGAUGUUGGAUUGAUGACAGGUGAUGUCACACUGUCACCUAAUGCAAGUUGUUUGGUGAUGACUACGGAAAUCCUCAGGGGAAUGCUUUAUAGGGGUUCUGAGGUACUGAAGGAAGUUGCUUGGGUCAUAUUUGAUGAAAUACAUUACAUGAAGGAUCGUGAAAGAGGUGUAGUUUGGGAAGAAAGUAUUGUCUUCUUGCCCCCUGCCAUCAAGAUGGUUUUUCUUUCAGCUACUAUGUCAAAUGCAACUGAGUUUGCCGAAUGGAUAUGCAAUAUACACAAACAGCCUUGUCAUGUGGUCUACACAGAUUUUAGGCCGACACCUCUACAACACUAUGUGUUUCCUGUGGGUGGAUCUGGUUUGUAUCUUGUAGUUGAUGAGAACGAGCAGUUUAAAGAGGGUAACUUUUUGAAGCUCCAGGAUACUUUCAAUAAGCAAAAUCCUGUUGAUGGGAGCAAGAGCGCGAAUUCCAAAGGCAGUGGCAGAAUUGCUAAAAAUGGAAAUGCUUCAGGCGGUUCUGACAUAUACAAAAUUGUCAAGAUGAUAAUGGAACGGAAAUUCCAACCAGUCAUAAUUUUUAGUUUUAGCAGAAGAGAGUGUGAGCAACAUGCCAUGUCCAUGUCCAAACUUGAUUUUAAUACUCCAGAGGAGAAAGAUGUUGUGGGGGAAGUGUUUCGAAAUGCUAUCCUAUGCUUGAGUGAGGAGGAUAGAAAUUUGCCUGCCAUUGAAUUAAUGUUGCCAUUACUUCAGCGAGGCAUUGCCGUUCAUCAUUCUGGUUUGCUUCCUAUUAUCAAAGAACUUGUAGAGCUUCUCUUCCAAGAAGGGCUUGUUAAGGCCCUAUUUGCCACAGAAACGUUUGCCAUGGGGUUGAACAUGCCUGCAAAAACUGUUGUUUUCACAAGUGUGAAAAAAUGGGACGGUGACAGUCAUCGUUAUAUCGCAUCUGGUGAGUAUAUCCAGAUGAGUGGUAGAGCUGGACGUCGUGGUAAAGAUGAGCGGGGUAUCUGCAUUAUAAUGGUCGAUGAUAAGAUGGAGAUGAAUACACUUAAAGACAUGGUUUUGGGCAAACCAGCACCUUUGGUCAGUACUUUCAGGUUGAGCUAUUACUCAAUUCUAAAUUUAAUGAGUCGUGCCGAGGGACAAUUCACAGCUGAGCAUGUUAUCAGAAACUCCUUCCAUCAAUUUCAGCACGAGAAGGCUUUACCUGACAUUGGGAAAAAAGUCUCACAGCUCGAACAGGAAGCUGCUGUGCUUGAUGCUUCUGGAGAGGCUGAGGUGGCUGAGUAUCAUCGACUUAAGCUUGAGUUGGCCCAACUUGAAAAGAAAAUGAUGGCAGCAAUAACACAACCUGAAAGAGUUCUCUCUUUCCUUCUACCUGGUAGACUGGUUAAGGUAAGAGAAGGAGGAACAGAUUGGGGUUGGGGUGUUGUUGUCAACGUGGUUAAGAAACCACAAGCUGUAUCAAGUUCUAUGCCAGCUGCACUUGCUUCUUCACGUGGUAACAACUAUAUUGUGGAUGCCCUGCUCCACUGCUCUAUGGGCACAAGUGAAAAUGGUUCUCAACCAAAACCUUGUCCUCCUCGUCCAGGAGAAGAAGGUGAAAUGCAUGUGGUUCCUGUUCAGUUGCCUCUUCUUUCUGCAGUUAGCAAGCUUAGAAUAUCUGUUCCGUCCGACUUGCGGCCAAAAGAAAGUCGGCAUAAUGUUCUCCUUGCUGUGCAACAGCUUGAAAAGCGCUAUCCCCAAGGUUUUCCGAAGCUUAAUCCAGUGAAGGAUAUGGGAGUUGAUGAGCCAGAAUUUGUUGAGUUGGCUAGCCAAAUUGAGGAGCUUGAGCAGAAAUUGUUCACUCAUCCACUGCACAAGUCGCAAGAUGUACAUCAGAUUUCAAGUUUCCAGAGAAAAGCAGAAGUCAAUCAUGAAAUUCAACAGCUAAAGUCAAAAAUGCGUGAUUCUCAGCUUCAAAAAUUUCGCGAUGAACUUAAGAAUCGAUCACGGGUUCUGAAAAGACUGGGCCAUAUUGAUGGUGACGGCGUUGUUCAGUUGAAGGGACGUGCAGCUUGCCUUAUAGACACUGGAGAUGAGCUCCUUGUCACAGAAUUGAUGUUCAAUGGUACCUUCAAUGAUCUUGAUCAUCAUCAAAUUGCAGCUCUAGCUAGUUGCUUUAUUCCUGGGGACAAAUCGAGUGAACAGAUACAUUUAAGAGCUGAACUUGCUAAACCAUUGCAACAACUUCAAGAUAGUGCCAGAAUGAUAGCUGAGAUACAACGUGAGUGUAAACUCGAAAUAAAUGUGGAUGAAUACGUUGAAGCAUCAAUUAGACCCUUCUUGAUGGAUGUGAUUUAUUGUUGGUCAAAGGGAGCAUCUUUUGCAGAUGUUAUUCAAAUGACUGAUAUUUUUGAAGGUAGCAUCAUAAGGUUGGCUAGAAGGCUUGAUGAAUUUUUAAAUCAGUUGAAAGGUGCUGCUCAUGCGGUUGGCGAGUCUGGUUUAGAGGAGAAAUUUACAGCCGCUAGCGAAAGCCUUCGUCGGGGGAUAAUGUUUGCGAAUUCAUUAUAUCUUUGAAGUGAUUGAAACUACUGAUAUGUUGCUGCAAGUGAAGAACCUUGACUACCGAUGAAGCUGUAUGUGUUUGCCUUUCUGAAAUUAGAUAUAGGUAACAUAUUCUCAAUUUCUAGAAUUUAGAUAGCUAACAACAUACUUCUCUCUAUUAGCAAACCACACUCCCAUCCCCUAAAAAAGAAAAUGUUGUAGCCUUUAAUCUGUAUUAUAUAUUCAGGGGAAAUGUGGAAGAGGGGGGCGCUGGGUGAUAGUUUUUUGGUAGAUUAGCAAAAAAUUGUGAAAUUGAAAGAGAUUUUUUUGAAUGAAGAUUCUUUAUUGUCAUGGCCA